UCUCGCUCAGCUUCUUGCCGUCCUUCUCCCAGGUCACCGCCGGCAUCGGGGAGCCGGCCAACCGCCCGGUGAAGACCACGUCGUGGCCGCGGACCACUCUGGCCGAGGUGGGUUUGACCACGAAGGCCGGCCGGUUCUUCGGGUUCCCGUCACACUCCUCCACCUUGAGGGUGGCGGCCGCGUAGGUCUCCCCCACCCCGUUCUUGGCCUUGCAGAUGUACUGCCCACUGUCUUCCACCCUGGCCCGCGACACCACCAGGUUAUAGACAUUGCCGUCCUCCAGGAACCGGUAGCGACCGCGAGGGGAGAUCUGUGUCUUGUCCCUUUCCCAGAUCACCGUUGGACGAGGGUCCCCAAUGAUCUGGCAUUUGAGAACGGCGUCUGCCCCAUUGGGCACCGUGAACGUCCUGGGAUACGAUAAAAAUCUCGGAGCGCCACCAAAGACAUCCAUUGACGAAUACUCAGGGAUCGAAUGAGUCUUUUCUGGUCAGGCACCUAAAAACGAGCAAAAUAAUCUGAGCACCUUUUCGCCAGUACCAUUUAGCAAGAGGAGCGGGCGUGUCAGGCCCCAAUGCUGGAAACUGCCUGCUCAAUGCACAGCCUGAGUGAGGAUGCAAUCAUUGCAAAGGUGCAGGAGAAGAUUCUGAAGAGCCUGGGGCUGACUGAACCCCCAGAGAACUGCAAUGUAACCAGCCAGGAGCUGCGUAAUCCGUUCAAAAGCCGCAGACUGACACGGCGCAUCACCCGCUGGAUUGGACAUUACAAACCCAAAAAGGACAACGAUAAAUCGGAGGUCAUCUCAUUCCCCAUAACCAACAUACCAUGUGAUUUACAGUAUGAAGGAUUCGUGGGCAAUUACAGUUACAUCUUUCAGCCAUCCCUGCACUCCCGUCGCAGCCAGGUGACCUCUGCUGAGUUCUGGUUUUACGCCGGGGUCCAGUUACCCCCAGGUGCUGACCCCCCGACUAAGCUGUACUUCCUCACUGAACCUGGCAGCUUUGCCCGGGCAGCGGAGAGCAUGGCAGUUGAAGGACAGUGGGUAAUCUUUCAUAUCUCCCAGUCCUUCCUCUCAUAUAUCUCGCACAAGAUACUUUUCCUUCAGGUCAAGUGUGCCAAUUGCCAGUGUGUGAGGGACCAAGUGAAUGUGCCCUUCAUCCUGUCCACAGCGAAGAACUCGGGCCCUUCUCGAUCGAGACGCUCGACAGUCCCUUGGUCCCCCGCCUAUGUCAGUCUCCUUCAGAGGCCACCACCUCCCGAACUUAUUCAUGACGAUUGCCAUCGUUCUGCCGUUAACAUCUCCUUUGAAGAAUUGGGAUGGGGCAACUGGAUUGUUCAACCCAGUGUCUUCACCUUCUACUACUGCAAUGGGACCUGCUCCAACUCCAACCGGCUGACCUCCAGCCUCGGCCUCAAGGUUUGCUGCACCUCAGUCCCAGGGACCAUGAAGCCCCUGAGAGUGAGGACAACGUCUGACAGUGGCUACACUUUUAAAUACGAGACUAUCCCAAACAUUAUAACCGAAGAAUGUGCCUGCAUCUAGACUUUGCUUCCUCACCCUCAGCAUGAUGACAGAGUGGUCUUGGACUCUCAAGGAACUGAAGAUUAAUCAGAAUC